GAGAACUGACAGUGUUUGUGUGUGACAGAUGACACGGACAUGUUGAAUACUAUGUGUACCAACAUGGAGCUGGAAGAAUGUGAAAGUGAAGUGUGUGGAGUGUACCGCCUGAAUGAAAACAGCUGUGUCAAAUUAUUAACCAUGGAAAGGGACUUCACCAACGCGCAGCAAACGUGUCGAAUUUUCAACGGAGCUUUGGUCAAAGUGCAAAAUGAGGAGGAGCACAAGAAGCUGCUGUGUAUGAUGUUACAGCUCUUCCCAUUUCGACUCCACUACUGGAUCAGCGCUGUGAGAGGAGACGAUGAUGGUUUCCACUGGUUUGAUGGAAGUGGACCAGUGGAGUUUGCCCCAUGGAGAGAAGGUCAGCCCAACAACUUCAACCGAGAGAUCUGCGUGUGGAUGAACUCUGGCACUUGGGUGGCUUGGAACGACGGCGCGUGUAGUACCAUGAAUUCUGUGGUGUGUCAGAUGACGAUGUGA